AUGUUCUUUCCAUUUCUUCUCUCCGCCUUCGUCGCCGGCGUUCAUGCCGCGCUCCCCUUGAUCGCCCGCCAGGCCGCUGACGGCGCCGGCAAUGCCAACGCCAACGGCACCGCAGCCGCCAAUGCGACCGCCCCCCGAGCGGGCAUCCAGAGGCUGUCGCUCUCCAGCGGCAAGACUUCGUACUACACCGAGCUCAAGACGGGCGAGAUCACCUUUCGCGUUGCGCUCGACACGGCCUCGUCCGACCUAUGGCUCUUCUCUUCGGCAUGCGCGAGCGAUCAGUGCCAGGCAGUACCGCGAUAUCCGCUUGGCUACGCCAGCGAGACGUUCACGGCGGUCAACGACAACGAGACCGAAUUUCGUGCGGCGUACUCGGACGGGACUGCAAUUUCAGGGUACAUAGCGAGGGAAACGGUCGAGGUGGCCAACUUUUCCGUCCCCGAUCAGGCGUUCGGUAUGAUCACCGAUGGUAAUGUCAGCAUGACGGACGACAUCAGCGGCCUUCUGGGUCUUGGUUUCCCCCGCCUAUCCACCAUCGCGAACAGCAAGGUGGUGAACUCAACACCGUUCUUCCCGACACUUGCGCAGCAGGGAAAUCUGACCUAUCCCUUGUUCGGCUUGAGCUUGACUUACAACAACUCCGGCACGCUGUCACUCGGCGCUGUCGAUUCGUCGGUGGUCAAGGACAUGUCCGCGGUCGGAUGGAACCAGGUCGUCGAGUUUGCGCCAGCCCCGGGCAAGGGUGAUGAGUCGAGCUACUUAGAAUGGGCGAUUCCCAUGCACGCCUUCGGCGUCAAUGGCACGCAGGUAACGACCAAGCCAAGCUACCCCGACAUCACAGCCAACACUUCUCUGGCCCUGUUUGAUAUCGGGAACAAUGGCAUUUACGGACCGUUUGAGGACGUCAAGAACUUGUUCAACAUGAUUGAUAGUGCUAGGCUGGUGGACGAAGCUGGUCAAUGGGCCAUUCCCUGCGACACGGUCGAGCCAAUGACUCUUACGUUUGGCGAGCGCAACUAUACGCUUCAGCCUUCUGACUACUUGAUCGGCCCAACGGCCAACAACCCGAGCCUAUGCCUGACGUGGCCGAGAGCGGCCUCCCCUGCAGCCAUUGGCAUUGACUGGCAAAUUGGGCAGCCCUUUCUAAGGACAGUUUACUCGAUCUGGAGCUACGGCAUCGAUGGCGUCGAGCCUCCUUUCAUCGGCCUCUACCCGCUUUCGAACGCGACCAACUCGACACAAAAUGUCGAGUACCUCUCCUCCUUCUUUUCCUCCAUGUCCGCGACCUACGCCACCGAGCUGCCCAAUUCGCUCCUCCCCACGCCGACGGACACCAUUCAGCCGUACGCGCUCGCCUCAACCGUCACCGCGCCUACAGGCGGCAUCGUCACCUCCGGGCUUGCCACGGGCACCUACAGCGCGCUCUUCGGCGACGCGACCGCCCCAUGGAACCUCAGCGCGAUUCCAACGAUCUCUCCCGCGCCAACAGUAACAACCGUGACGCUCACAGACAAGCAUGGCGACGUAACCACGUCGACGUCGACCUCGGAGAGCGUGCAGCUGGGCGUGCCGCCGGGUUACAACGCCGCGCGGCGGCACGGCGUGUCGUGGCGCGCGUUUGCUGGGGCGACUGCUGCUGUGGCGCUAUACCACUUCUUCGCAUGA